AAUUAUGCAUGUAUUCUUGUCGCAUUGACAUACACGCAUUUUUCAUUGACUGUUUACAUUGACACAACUGCAGCUGAAACAAUUGCAACGCUUCAUACCAGCAGCCACCCCCUCUGCGUAUGGUUUGUUCCCGAGGAGACGCUGCAUAAAGAAGGCAUCGCCUUGAAGUGGACCUGUUCACUCCGGAAGAGGGGAAGAGGCUAGUGAUGGGAAGGUUGCAUGUUCAUUUCUAUUCCCAAGGAAACCAGUUCGUAGCAGAGAGUCCAACUCGUAGGGGCACGAGCGCUAGCGAAAUGUGCAGCUGUGAGUUGGAAACGCAGUGAAAAUAAACAAGGCUCGAUUUGACUGAAAACUAAAUUGUUGCAAGUAGUCAGGCCAAAAAAAAAAUCAGUGGAGGAAAUGGCUGAAGAUGGUGAAGAAAACCACGAUAAAAGUUUCGGAGAAGACGAGAGGGUGCAGUAUAUCGCGGGUUGGAUCAUCUACUCAUUGAGACUCCGAACUGACAAAUGGGUCAAAUUCAUUGCGAGCAAAGAGAACCAAAAACUCUUGUCGGAGUUUCUCGAAAGAGAGUAUUUUCUGGUGUGGUUUCUCAGCGACACGGGGCUCCUGGCAGCCUCCAGGGAGCUACCUUCAAACUUAAAAAGUAAAGUUGUUUAUGUAAUCAAGAAAAUUAGUGGUCCUGUUCUAAAAGAGAAUUACAGAAGAGUCCUACUGUUUGGGCACUUGUCUGCAUCUCCACUACAUCAAAUAACUACAUUGGUCGAAGAGAUUCUGGUACAAGUCCUUUCAAGCAAGAGAAACCACAGAAAAUGGCCACAAUUUAUUUCACAAGAUAUAGACCGUCAUGUGGAAAAUAUUAGAAAUAAGGUUUAUGUCGUGAAUGGCCAAGCGAUGGGACGGACUCUCCUGCCUAUACCCAGCGUUGCAGCUAAAAUGGGAGGCAUCGGUCAAAAACCAGGGAAUGGGAACAAGCUAGAUCAUUACAACCAUUUAGUUAUUCAUCCAAUUGAAUCGAUGGUAAUCAAAUGGACUCAUCAGAUUCGGGAUGUUUUGAAGAAGGAUUCAGCCGAACCAUUGUUGCAAGGACUUAAUCCAGGUCCAAAGACCGAGUUGAUUUUUUGGAAUGCAAGGAAAGAAAACUUGCUGUGUAUUCAUGAACAACUUCAAACUCCAGUUGUUCGAAAAAUGGCCAAAAUCUUAGAAACAACAGAAAGCAGCUAUUUUCCCACUUUCAAGCAAAUUUUACAAGAUGUUGCAGGUGCAUUGGUUGAAGUCCAAGACAUCGACCUCCAUCUUAGACCACUGCAUCGCCAUAUUGAAAUUUUGCAAGAGAGUGAACUUGCAGACACCCUUGUGUUCAUUCCAGCUCUUUUUCACACCAUCUGCCUCAUCUGGAGCCAUUCCAAAUUUUAUUGUGUUCCUCUUCGCAUCAUUGUUCUCCUGCAGGAAUUCUGCAAUUUGUUGAUUGAAAAGGCAAUUGUUUCUUUGUCACCAGAGGAACUUUUGAAAGAGGAGAUUGAAGAGUCCUUGGUACAUGUACAAAUAUCUGUGAAAAUCUUCAGAGCUUAUAAGGACUGUUUCUUGAAGCACAAAGAAAAGUUAGCGAGUUAUUAUGCAAAAGUACAAGAUUGCAAGCUCUGGGACUUCCCAUUAUCAAUGAUUUUCUCACGGUUUGACAGAUUUUUCAACCGUCUACUACAGCUUGAGGAUUUGUUUAUUACUAUGCUAGAAUUCCAAAAACUGGAGAGGUUGGAGUUUGGUGGCAAGAAGGGAAAAAUACUAAGUGAACAAGUUUCUAAAAUGAACAAUGAAUUCUUGGAAUGCUGCAAAGUUUUCAAGGAAAGCACCUACGAUCCUUUGGAUUAUGAGUGCUCGGAUUUUGAAAAGGACUACAAUAUGUUUAAAGAAAAAAUUGUGGAUUUUGAUCGACAGCUUGGGACCAUUCUGUGUGCAGCAUUUCAAGAUUGCUCCGGCUUGGAGUCUGCUUUUAAGCUUCUAGCUGUAUUUGGUGCAUUUCUGGACAGGUCCACCAUCAAGGAGAUUUUUAGUCCAAAGUACUUUACUUUCCUGGAGAUGUUUGAUCAAGAACUGGACAGAUGUAAACGUUUAUAUGAUAAGCAUAUAGAACAGAGUGAAAAAGGUGUUGUGUUAUUAAACAAGAACAUGCCUGUAACUUCAGGAAACUUAAAAUGGGCCAAAGAACUUAAGGAAAGGAUUCAGAUACCUUGGUCAAAUUUAAGGCUUAUUGAUCACAUAAAUCUUGAAGGCCCUGAAGCUGGGAUAGUCUAUCAAAAAUAUAUGGAGAUGCUGACUUUACUGGAUGAAUAUGAAGAACAGAUGCACUUGUCAUGGACAAGUGGGGUUCACACGAUUUGCCAGUUCAACUUGGAUCAGUCAAUUAUCAAGCGCAGUUCUGAAGCUGGUUUUCUCAGUGUGAACUUUGACCAUCAGCUUGUAGCUGUCCUACGAGAGGUGAAAUACCUUCGGAUAUUGAAUCAACCUGACAUUCCGGAGGCAGCUGCAACCAUCUUUGAAAAGAGAGAAACUUUGACUAAGUACGUCGGAACCUUGGAAUUAAUGGCAAAGUGGUACAAUCACCUAAAACAAACUGUCCUGGAAGUUGAGUUUCCACUAAUCUAUAAUGAGCUGGAAGCUAUUGAUGAUGAGCUGAAGGCUGCAGAGGUGACGAUUACCUGGCAGAGUGAAAACUGCUGGAACUACAUUGUCCGCGUGACGGACAUGGUGCAUGAUCUGGCAAGCAGGGUUCAGAAGACCAAAGAAAAUGUGGAAACACUCCAUAUGCUUAUGAAUGCUUGGAGUGAGAGUGCUAUGUUUACAAGAAAGGAUAACAGAAGAGAUAAUCUGUUGAACCUGGAAGACCGAGAAGACAGAGUAGCCAAGUGGUACAAAAUGAUAAAGCAGGAUGGUGUUACGAUUCACAGUUUGGUUGCGGAGAAUCUCAGACUUCUGAAGGCAGACCCAGUCAAUAAAUCGUGGAAGGCCUAUUUGGAGUACAUCGACGACAUGGUUUUAGAUGGUUUCUUCAAUGCUAUUUCAUGCUCCCUUGAGUUUUUCCUUGAGAACACUGAAGCUACUUUAAAACCUGCUCCACUGUUUGUGUCACAAAUGAUGCUAAAUAUCCCAGAGAUUGUAUUCAAACCUUCUCUGGAUAAGGAUGCUGCUGAUGCGUUCUAUGAUUUAGUCGAAGAGUUGAUAAAUGACGUUUACAAAAUGGCUGCACAAAUGAAAAGAGUAGCUGAUCACCUUGAGAUUGAUAAUUAUCAGGAUGAUAUGGAUGAUAUACUUGAUCUAUCUGAGGUCCGGCAAGAGAUCAUGGAAAGGGUAACAGAGAUCAUUAGCAAAGCUGUGGACUACAGAAAUUCAUUUGACACUUACUCGUACCUUUGGGUAGAUGAUAAGGUAGAAUUCAUGAGACAGUUCUUGCUGUACAGCCAUGUGUUGACUGCAGAGGAGAUUGAAACUCAUGCUGAUGAUGGUGUUCCCGAGUGCCCUCCUACUACAGAACAGUUUAAGGAACAGAUUGAUAUCUAUGAAAAUCUAUAUAUCCAGAUAAGCAAAUUUGAAGACAGUCGUGUUUUUGAAAGUUGGUUUAAAGUUGAUAUUAAACCAUUUAAGAUAGCAUUGUUAAAUGCAAUCAAAAAAUGGAGCUGGAUGUUUAAAGAACAUCUCAUGCAUUAUGUGACCGAUAGCCUAAGUGAACUUGAAGAGUUUAUAAAGGUAACAGAUAAGGGACUUAAAAAGAAGGUGAAAGAAGGAGACUAUAAUGGCCUUGUCGAUAUAAUGGGACAUCUAAUGGCCGUCAGAGACAGACAGAUCACCACUGAUGAACUUUUUGAACCUUUGAAGGAGACAAUUAACCUUCUUGAGAGUUAUGAUCAAACUAUGCCAGACCAGAUUUAUAUGCUGUUAGAGGAAUUACCAGAAAAGUGGAACAAUACAAAGAAGAUAGCUGUUUCUGUGAAGCAUGAAGUUGCAGCCCUCCAGACUGCAGAGGUGUCACUCAUCAGAAAAAGAUGUGUGGCAUUUGAUGCUAAGCAAGUGGACUUUCGAGAAAAAUUCCAAAUGGAAGCACCUUUCACAUUUAAUUCUGCAAACCCAUAUGCAUUGUUGGAUAAGGUGAACAAGGAGCUCACUGCCCUGGAGGAGGAGACUAUACAAAUGCAAGAAUCAGCCAACCUUUUUGAGGUCACCGUUCCAGAAUAUAAGCAAUUGAAACAAUGUCGCCGAGAUAUAGUUUUGCUUAAGCAGCUCUGGGAUAUUGUUGUAUAUGUGAAGACUAGUAUUUAUGACUGGACCAAGACACAGUGGAGACAAAUCAAUGUGGAGCAGAUGGAUGUGGAGCUUAGAAGAUUUGCAAAGGACAUCAGAAUGCUUGACAAAGAAGUGCGUGCUUGGGAUGUAUAUGUCAGUUUGGACUCCACUGUAAAGAACCUGCUCACAUCACUACGAGCAGUGACGGAAUUACAAAACCCAGCUAUAAGAGACAGACACUGGUACCAACUGAUGAAUUCAACAGGGGUAAAGUUUAUUAUGGGUGAUGAUACAAUCCUGGCUGAUCUGUUAGCUCUGAAAUUGCACAGAGUCGAAGAUGAAGUCCGAAAUAUUGUGGACAAAGCUGUAAAGGAGUUGGGAAUUGAGAAGGUCCUCACAGAAAUCUGCUACACAUGGACUACCAUGGAAUUUUCAUAUGAGGAACACCAUAGAACGGGAACCCCCCUGCUAAAGUUUGAUGAGGAGCUUAUUGAAAUUCUGGACGACAGCCAAGUGCAAUUACAAGUCAUACUACUGAGCAAAUAUGUGGAGUACUUUCAACAGCAGGUCUCAACCUGGCAAAAAAAGCUGACAGUGGCAGACUCUGUCAUCUUUAUCUGGAUGGAGGUCCAACGCACAUGGUCUCAUCUUGAGAGUAUUUUCAUUGGAUCUGAGGACAUUCGAAACCAACUUCCUGAAGAUGCCAAACGAUUUGAUGGAAUUGAUUCAGACUUUAAGGAAUUAAUGUCUGAAACAGUGCAAACAAAGAAUGUAAUUGAAGCAACAAAUAAACCAAAGCUGUAUGAAAAACUUGAAGCUCUCCAACAAAGGCUUGCCCUGUGUGAAAAAGCUUUGGCUGAAUAUCUUGAAACUAAACGUUUAGCUUUCCCGAGGUUUUACUUUGUGUCAUCAGCAGACCUACUGGAUAUCCUUUCCAAAGGAACACAGCCUCAACAGGUUACACGUCAUCUUGCAAAACUCUUUGAUAACAUGGCUGACCUUAAAUUUGAAAACGAUGGAGAAGUGGAAGUAAGCAAGACUGCAAUAGGAAUGUACAGCAGAGAGAAAGAGUAUGUCCCAUUCCAAGCAAAAUGCAACUGCAUUGGGCAGGUUGAAACCUGGUUAAAUCGAUUAGAGGAAACUAUGCACGAAACAGUCCGUCAUCAGAUCACGGAGUCUGUGGCAGCUUAUGAGGAAAAGCCAAGAGAUCAAUGGAUUUUUGACUAUCCAGCCCAGGUGGCACUCACCAGCUCACAGAUAUAUUGGACUACAGACGUGGGAAUUGCAUUUGAAAGGCUUGAGGAAGGCUAUGAAACAGCACUGAAAGAUUAUAAUAAAAAGCAGGUGGUGCAGUUGAACGUUCUGAUCAACAUGUUACUGGGAGACCUGACACUAGGGGACAGACAGAAAAUUAUGACCAUAUGCACUAUAGAUGUCCAUGCUCGGGAUGUGGUUGCAAAGCUCAUCGCUCAGAAGGUUACAAAUGCCCAAGCAUUUGCCUGGCUGUCUCAAUUGCGACAUCGUUGGGACAAUAUCGAGCGCCACUGCUUUGUCAACAUAUGUGAUGCUCAGUUUCAAUACUCUUAUGAAUACUUAGGGAACACAUCUCGACUGGUGAUUACUCCACUGACUGACAGGUGCUAUAUUACCCUGACACAGUCUCUUCACUUAACCAUGAGUGGAGCACCUGCAGGCCCUGCUGGGACAGGCAAAACAGAGACCACUAAAGAUCUUGGGCGUGCGCUAGGUGUCAUGGUUUAUGUCUUCAACUGUUCUGAGCAGAUGGAUUAUAAGUCCAUAGGAAAUAUCUACAAAGGUUUGGCACAAACUGGUGCUUGGGGCUGUUUUGAUGAGUUUAAUCGGAUCUCCAUUGAGGUUUUGUCAGUCGUUGCAGUGCAGGUUAAAACCAUACAAGAUGCCAUCAAAAACAAGAAAAAAAGAUUUGUUUUUCUUGGGGAAGAAAUUUCUUUAAAAUCUGCAGUUGGCAUAUUUAUAACAAUGAAUCCUGGCUAUGCGGGUCGAACAGAACUACCAGAAAAUCUUAAAGCACUUUUCAGGCCUUGUGCUAUGGUUGUCCCUGAUAUUGAACUGAUUUGUGAGAUUAUGCUGGUUGCAGAAGGUUUUUUAGAUGCCAAAUUGCUGGCCAGAAAAUUCAUCACUUUGUAUACUCUUUGUAAAGAGCUGCUUUCGAAACAGGACCAUUAUGACUGGGGUCUUCGUGCAGUGAAAUCUGUUUUAGUUGUUGCUGGUUCACUUAAGAGAGGAGACAAAAGUAGACCAGAAGAUCAGGUGUUAAUGCGUGCUUUGAGGGAUUUCAAUUUGCCAAAAAUUGUGACAGAUGAUGUGGCCAUUUUUAUGGGACUCAUUGGUGAUCUGUUUCCCACCCUGGAUGUUCCUAGAAAGCGAGACCAAAACUUUGAACAAUUAGUCAGACAGUCCACUCUGGAACUCAGCCUACAGCACGAAGAAAGCUUUAUCCUCAAGGUGGUUCAGCUAGAAGAGCUAUUGGCUGUCCGUCAUUCAGUCUUUGUAGUUGGAAAUGCUGGAACAGGAAAGACUCAGGUAUUAAAGACUUUGUACAGGACGUAUGGAAACAUGAAACAAAAACCUAUCUGGAAUGAUCUUAACCCAAAAGCCAUCAGCACAGAUGAGAUGUUUGGUUUUAUACACCCUGCAACUCGAGAAUGGAAGGAUGGUCUUUUCUCUUACAUUAUGAGAGAGCAAGCCAAUAUAACACAUGAUGGUCCAAAAUGGAUUGUGCUAGAUGGUGAUAUAGAUCCCAUGUGGAUUGAGUCACUGAACACAGUUAUGGAUGAUAAUAAGGUGUUGACACUUGCCAGCAAUGAACGUAUUCCACUUAAUCCUUCCAUGCGCCUUUUGUUUGAAGUAAGCCAUUUAAAAACAGCUACACCGGCCACUGUUUCCAGAGCAGGCAUUUUAUUUGUUAAUCCUCAAGACUUGGGCUGGAAUCCAUAUGUGACCAGCUGGAUUGACAGAAGGAUUUACCAGUCGGAAAAGACCAACCUGACCAUUCUCUUUGAUAAAUAUGUUCCUUCAUGUCUGGAGCAACUACGAUCUUCUAUAAAGACCAUCACUCCCAUUCCUGAAAAUAGCAUGGUACAGACACUGUGUUCCCUUUUGGAUUGCCUGCUGACUCCAAAGAAUGUGCCUCCUGACUCUCCUCGAGAACUUUAUGAGCUUUAUUUUGUCUUUGCCUGCAUCUGGGCCUUUGGGGGAGCAGUAUACCAAGAUCAGCUGGUAGAUUAUCGUGUUGAAUUCAGUCAUUGGUGGUUCAAAGAAAUGAAAGCUGUUAAACUUCCAUCCCAGGGAACUAUCUUUGAUUAUUGCCUAGAUCCUGAAACAAAAAAGUUUAUUCCUUGGUCUGAAAAGAUACCAACAUUUGAAAUGGAAGUGGAUAGUCCUGUACAAGCAGUCCUUGUCCCUACAGCUGAGACCACCCAGCUACAAUACUUUGUAGAUUUGUUGCUGGAGAAAGGAAAGCCAGUUAUGCUUGUGGGAAAUGCAGGAGUUGGCAAAACUAUCCUGGUGCAAGACAGACUUGCUAAUCUAUCAGAUGAUUAUAUGGUGUCCAAAGUGCCUUUCAACUACUACACCUCAUCGGUGAUGUUACAGCGUGUUCUUGAGAAGUCUCUUGAGAAAAAGGCUGGUCGUAAUUAUGGACCCCCUGGAAAUAAAAAGCUAAUUUAUUUCAUUGAUGACAUGAAUAUGCCAGAAGUAGAUACGUAUGGGACAGUUCAGCCUCAUACACUUAUCCGUCAGAGCAUUGACUACAGACACUGGUAUGAUCGUCAGAAGUUAACACUGAAGGAAAUUCACAACUGUCAGUUUAUCAGCUGCAUGAAUCCAACUGCAGGAAGCUUCACCAUUAAUCCUCGACUUCAGAGACAUUUUACAGUGUUUGCGGUGAAUUCUCCUUCAGUCGAUUCAAUGGAAAUGAUCUUCAGCAAAAUUCUAAGUUUCCAUUUUCAGCAUCUAAAUUUUGCAGCAUCGGUAAUAAAGACCACUCCAGUUGUUGUCCAAGCAGCUGUCUGGCUUCAACAAAAAAUUGCUCACAUGUUCUUGCCAACAGCCAUUAAAUUCCACUACAUUUUUAACCUUCGCGACCUCUCUAAUAUUUUUCAGGGCAUACUCUUCGCACUUCCUGAUUGUAUAAAGAAACCAAUGGAUUUGGUGUCUCUCUGGCUUCAUGAAUCAUCCCGUGUAUAUGAGGACAAGCUAGUACAAUCAAAAGAUUCUGAACUCUUCCAAAAGGUUCUGCUGGAAACUGCCAAAAAGUUCUUUGAGUGUAUUAGUGAUAAUAUUUUACUGCACAAGCCAUUGAUUUAUUGCCAUUUUGCUCAUGGAAUUGGUGAUCCCCAUUACAUGCGUGUAAAAGAUUGGCAUGUCCUGAAGAAAAUACUGACUGACGCUCUUGACAACUAUAAUGAAAUUAAUGCUGUGAUGAACCUAGUCUUAUUUGAAGAUGCUAUGCAACAUGUGUGUAGGAUAAAUCGAAUAUUGGAGAGCAGCCGAGGAUAUGCUCUACUGGUGGGAGUUGGAGGCAGUGGGAAGCAGAGUUUAUCUCGAUUGGCUGCUUACAUUAGUUCUCUAGAAAUAUUCCAAAUCACACUGAAGAAAGGCUAUGGAAUCUCAGAUUUGAAGGUCGAUCUUGCUAAUUUGUACAUCAAGACUGGAGCCAAAAACCUUCCAACAGUCUUUCUCCUGACAGAUGCCCAUGUUCCAGAUGAACGUUUCCUGGUCCUGAUCAACGAUUUGCUGGCAUCAGGUGAAAUUCCUGAUCUGUUCAGUGAAGAAGAGGUUGAUAAUAUCAUUGGUGGUAUACGUAAUGAAGUCCGAAGCUUGGGACUGAUGGAUAAUAGAGAAGAUUGCUGGAAGUUCUUUUUGAGCAGAGCACGGCAACAGCUCAAGGUUGUUCUCUGUUUCUCCCCAGUUGGUUCAUCCUUACGCGUGAGAGCCCGGAAGUUCCCAGCCAUAGUUAACUGCACAGCUAUUGACUGGUUUCAUGAGUGGCCACAGGAGGCCUUAGUGUCUGUCAGCAGGAGAUUCAUUGAGGAGAUUGAGGGGAUUAAGCCAGAUUUGAAAGAUUCCAUCAGCCUGUUCAUGGCUUAUAUUCACAAUAGUGUCAAUGAAAUGAGUAAAAAUUACCGCAAGAAUGAUAAGAGAUACAAUUAUACAACACCCAAGAGUUUCCUUGAACAGAUCACACUGUACAAAAACUUGCUGCAUAGAAAACAAAAGGAAUUAGCACAGAAGAUGGAACGCCUUCUGAAUGGUAUCCAGAAACUAAAGACAACGGCAUCACAGGUGGAAGAUUUGAAAAGCAAGCUUGCAUCUCAGGAGGUUGAAUUGAAGUUUCGAAAUCAAGAUGCUGAAGCUCUAAUAACUAAAAUAGGAUUUCAGACAGAGAAAGUGAGCCAUGAGAAGACAAUUGUUGAUGCAGAAGAGCAAAGGGUAGCAGCAAUACAGUCUGAAGUGGCUUUGAAGAAGAAAGAAUGUGAAGACAAACUUAUUAAAGCUGAACCUGCUCUAGUGGCGGCUACUGCUGCGCUGAAUACCCUAAAUAAGAUGAAUUUGACAGAGUUGAAAACCUUUCCCAAUCCUCCUGUGGCAGUCACAAACGUUACUGCAGCUGUUAUGGUGCUGUUAGCUCCGAAAGGCAAAAUACCUAAAGACAGAAGUUGGAAGGCUUCUAAAGUCUUCAUGGGAAAGGUCGAUGAUUUCCUUCAAACUCUGAUAAGUUACAAUAAAGAACAUAUCCCUGAAAACUCACUGAAAGUAGUAAAAGAACACUAUCUACAGGAUCCAGAAUUUAAUCCUGAUCUGGUUCGUACAAAGUCAUUUGCAGCAUCAGGUCUCUGUGCAUGGGUAAUAAACAUCAUCAAAUUCUAUGAGGUGUACUGUGAUGUGGACCCGAAGCGCCAGGCUCUAACCCAAGCAAAUGCCGAGUUAGCGACAGCUACUGAAAAGUUGGAAGCCAUCAGGAAGAAACUUUCAGAUCUAGAUGCUAACCUAUGCAAACUCACUGCCAGUUUUGAAAAAGCUACAGCAGAGAAGAUACGAUGUCAAGAUGAAGUAAGUCGAACCAACAGGACAAUUGAACUAGCAAACCGACUGGUCAAAGGACUUGAGUCUGAAAAUGUACGCUGGGCCCAGUCUGUCCAUCUCUUUGAAGCUCAGGAGAAGACCCUUUGUGGAGAUGUGUUGCUGACUGCUGCCUUUGUGUCAUAUGUUGGAUCCUUUACUAGAGGAUACCGUCAAGAAUUGGUUGAAGGCAUGUGGCUUCCCUUCUUGAAAUCAUUGAAGGUUUCUAUACCAGUAACAGGGGGCUUAGAUCCUAUAGCAAUGUUAACUGACGACGCUACAAUUGCAACCUGGAAUAAUGAAGGAUUGCCCAGUGACAGGAUGUCAACAGAAAAUGCCACUAUUUUAACCAACUGUGAACGCUGGCCACUCAUGAUUGAUCCACAGCAACAAGGGAUCAAGUGGAUUAAGAACAAAUAUGGAAGUGAGCUGAAAGUUGUGCACAUUGGACAGAAAAGCUAUUUAGACAUCAUUGAGCAUGCAGUACGUUGUGGUGAUACCAUACUGGUUGAAAACCUUGAGGAAACAGUUGAUCCUGUUCUCGAUCCAGUACUAGGCCGAAAUACAAUUAAAAAAGGAAGAUAUAUUAAGAUUGGUGACAGAGAGUGUGAAUUUAACAGUCGUUUCCGACUCAUUCUUCAUACAAAGUUGGCCAACCCUCACUACAAACCUGAGAUGCAAGCUCAGACUACACUCAUUAAUUUUACUGUCACAAGAGAUGGACUUGAAGAUCAACUGUUGGCUGAUGUGGUCAGCACUGAGAGACCAGAUCUAGAACACCUGAAGUCCAAAUUGACUAAGCAGCAGAAUCAUUAUAAGAUUGAACUGAAACGACUAGAGGAUGAGCUCCUUACCCGUUUGUCUGCUGCAGAGGGCAAUUUUCUUGGUGACACAGAGCUGGUGGAAAGACUAGAGACAACAAAACUAACAGCAGCAGAGAUUGAGCAGAAGGUGAAUGAAGCAAAGGACAACGAAAUGAGGAUCAAUGAGGCUCGUGAGUGCUAUCGGCCAGCAGCAGCACGGGCUUCACUUCUUUACUUCAUCAUCAAUGACCUCAGGAAAAUGAAUCCCAUUUACCAAUUUUCUCUCAAGGCCUUUAACAUGGUAUUUCGUAAAGCUAUUGAACGGACAGAACAGUCAGAGGAUCUGAAGGAGCGAGUAGCAAACCUUACAGACUCCAUCACACAUUCUGUGUUUCUCUAUACCAGCAGAGGUCUCUUUGAAAAAGACAAGGUUGUAUUUAUUUCUCACACAACUUUCCAGAUCCUGUUGAUGAACGGUGAAAUAGAUCCAGAAGAGCUUGACUUUUUCCUGAGAUUCAAAGUAGAGCAUUUGUGCAAGAGUCCUGUUGAUUUUCUCUCCACUCAAUCCUGGAGUGCCAUCAAGACUAUGGCGAUGAUGGAUGAGUUUCGUGGAUUAGACAGAGACAUUGAAGGCUCAGCCAAACGCUGGAAGAAAUUUGUUGAAUCAGAAUGUCCUGAAAAAGAGAAAUUUCCUCAGGAGUGGAAAAAGAAGAGCUCACUUCAGAAACUUAUUAUGCUCAGAGCUCUGAGACCUGACAGGAUGACAUAUGCCGUGAGUAACUUUGUUGAAGAAAAGUUAGGAACAGCAUAUGUCGAUGGUCUACGGAUAGACUUUGCAAAAUCAUUUGAAGAGAGUAACCCAGCUACUCCCAUGUUUUUUAUCUUGUCCCCUGGUGUUGAUCCUCUUAAAAAUGUUGAAUCACUCGGUAAAAAGUUAGGGUUCACUAUUGACUCUGGAAGAUUUCAUAAUGUUUCUCUGGGCCAAGGACAAGAGCUGGUAGCUGAAGUAGCUUUAGAAAAAGCUUCCAAAGAAGGCCAUUGGGUCAUUUUGCAGAAUAUUCAUCUAGUCGUGAAAUGGUUGGGAACACUAGAAAAGCUGCUGGAGCAUUUCAGCAAGGGCAGUCAUCCUGAUUUCAGGGUCUUCAUUAGUGCUGAGCCUGCCCCAACCUCAGAGGAACAUGUUAUUCCUCAGGGAAUACUGGAAAGCUCGAUUAAGAUCACUGAUGAACCACCUAUUGGCAUGCUGGCCAACCUACAUGCUGCCCUGUAUAACUUUGACCAGGAUAUGCUGGAAAUGUGUUCUCGAGAACAAGAGUUCAAAACCAUUCUCUUCUGCCUUUGUUACUUUCAUGCAUGUGUUGCAGAAAGACGCAAGUUUGGCCCUCAAGGUUGGAACCGAAGCUAUCCUUUCAACGCUGGUGAUCUCAGUAUAUCUGUUAAUGUCCUUUAUAAUUACCUGGAGGCAAAUACUAAAGUGCCUUGGGAAGAUCUGCGUUACCUGUUUGGGGAGAUCAUGUAUGGAGGCCACAUUACUGAUGACUGGGACAGGAGGCUGUGCCUCACUUACUUAGAGGAAUACAUGCAUCCAAAAAUGCUUGAAGGAGAACUUACACUGACGCCAGGUUUUAUCGCUCCUCCCAACUUGGAUUAUAUUGGGUACCAAAAGUACAUUGAUGAAAUGCUUCCUCCAGAAAGCCCAGUGUUAUAUGGCCUGCACUCUAAUGCUGAAAUUGAGUUCCUCACAGUAACAUCAGAUAAUCUCUUUCGAACAUUAGUGGAAAUGCAGCCAAGAGAUUCAUCUAUUGGAGAGGGAUCUGCGCAGACUACAGAGGAAAAGGUGAAAAGUAUUCUGGAUGAUAUUUUAGAGAAACUUCCUGAAGAAUUCAACAUGACAGAAAUUACAGCGAAGACAGCAGAACGUACUCCUUAUAUUCUUGUUUGUUUCCAAGAAUGUGAACGUAUGAACAUCCUCACACGAGAGAUCAGGAAAUCCCUUAAAGAACUGGAUCUUGGACUGAGGGGAGAGCUGACGGUCUCAGCUGAAAUGGAAGCAUUGCAAUCAGCAUUGUACUACGAUAACGUUCCUGAAAUAUGGAGCAGAGUGGCAUAUACAUCUUCAUAUGGACUGGCACAAUGGGUCAACGAUGUUAUUUUACGUUGCCGUGAGCUUGAUACUUGGACUCAGGACCUUUGCCUUCCUGCCGUUGUCUGGCUUUCCGGCUUCUUCAAUCCUCAGUCUUUUCUUACUGCAAUUAUGCAGAGCGUAGCCCGAAAGAACGAGUGGCCUUUGGAUAAGAUGUGCUUGGCUGUGGAUGUCACCAAGAAGACUAAAGAAGAUUAUAGUCAUCCACCAAGGGAAGGUGCCUACAUUCAUGGAUUGUUCUUGGAAGGUGCAAGAUGGGACAUUCAAGGCAGCAUCGUCACAGAAGCACGUCUUAAAGACCUGACUCCCACAAUGCCAGUCAUUUUUGUACGGGCCAGUCCAGCAGAUAGGCAAGAAAUGAAGAACAUUUAUGAAUGCCCAGUUUACAAGACCAAAACUAGAGGGCCUACAUACGUUUGGACUUUCAAUCUGAAGACCAGAGAGAAGCCUGCCAAAUGGAUUCUUGCUGGAGUAGCAUUGCUUUUAUCAGUUUAGAAAUAAAUUUAUAAAAAGAACUUGCCAAAGGUUAGAGGAGUAAAGCAUUAACCAGAACAUUGAAGUGCUACUCCAAGGGCAUUUUAUUACUUUCGGUGUGCUCUUGGAAGAGGUAUUUAUAAGCAGAGAGCCUUUUCUUUUGUGGAUAUGUACCAGAGCAUUAUGUAAUCAGUAGGCAACAGUUCCAAAAAGGUGCAAUUUUCAAAAUCAUAAAUUUCCUUAAAUUCGAAAGUCACAAAAGUAACCAAAAUGAAUUGAGAUUUUACACAACAGGCAAAAUGCCUUAUGCUAGCAAGAAACGGAACUAUUAAAUAGUAGGUCUGCAGUGACAGUGUACAUCUACAAGUUUAAAUAUUAUAAAAUUCAGAGAAAUAAGAUGAUUUAUUUGAAUUUUUUUAAUCAAAGUAAAUGAUUAUACAUAUAUUGGCAUUUUAUGCAAGAAAAUGCCAUUUACAACAGAGGUCCCAACUUCCAUGCAGCAUUUAAAAUCAAAACAAGUCCAAGACAUUCUCUUUGUUCAGUUUAACGUUUCUUUACACAGUGAAAAUAAAAACACUAACGCUUCCAAGGAUUCUAGAUUAAACUGUAAUGAUGAAUUAGAUUACCAAAAAUUAAAUGUAAAACCAUUCAUCAACACCGUUUCCAGUUUGCUUGACCUAUCCUUGUAUUUAUGUUGCAUGCAAGAGUGUUGCAUCUACACUGCUAUAGGAUAACAUACAACACUACAUCAUCUGCAUUGUUCAUGUAAUCCAUGUAAACAAGACAUUAUUUUUGAAUAUCAAUAAAACAAAUACUUGCAAUCAUCCAUGGUCCCUGACAUUGCAAUAAACAUUUCUUUAAGAUUUAAACACAGGAUUUGUACAAAUAUCUGAAAACAAGAAACUUGUCAACUAUUACAAAGCUUCAAAAAAACACUACAAUUCAAGUUCUGCAAACGGCAUUUACAUUAUUUCUGCUGAUUAUUUUCAAAUUCUGGUAAAUUACCAGUAGUUGUAAUAUUAAAAUAAAGUGUGCUUUUUAUACAGGUUUCAUAAAAAAAAUAAAGUCAAUUUACUACAA